GCGCCCAGCCCGGCCCGGGAGGAGGCGCAGCGCUGCGAGCCGGGGGACCCGGAGCGGGACUGGGAGCCUCUCCGCGGCACCCAGCCUCCCCGAGCAUGGGCGCCUAAGGCGGUCCGGAGCAGGCGGCGGAGGACGCGUCCCCGCUGGCGGACCGACCGGCGGGCGGACCUGGAGCGGGUCGGCGGCGCCGCACCCGCGCCCCUGCCCCGGCCGGGCCCCGGCCCCUGGCGCCAUGGACAAGCUGCCGCCGUCCAUGCGCAAGCGGCUCUACAGCCUUCCGCAGCAGGUGGGGGCCAAGGCGUGGAUCAUGGACGAGGAAGAGGACGCCGAGGAGGAGGGGGCUGGGGGCCGCCAGGACCCCAGCCGCAGGAGCAUCCGGCUGCGGCCGCUGCCCUCACCCUCACCCUCGGCGGCCGCGGGCGGCACGGAGCCCCGGGGCGCGGCCCUCGGGGCGGCGGACGGCGAGGGGCCGGCCCGCGGCGCGGGCAAGUCCAGCACCAACGGCGACUGCAGGCGCUUCCGCGGGAGCCUGGCCUCGCUGGGCAGCCGGGGCGGCGGCGGCGGCGGCGGCUCCGGAGCAGGGGGCGGCAGCAGUCACGGGCACCUGCAUGACUCCGCGGAGGAGCGGCGGCUCAUCGCCGAGGGCGACGCGUCCCCCGGUGAGGACAGGACGCCCCCGGGCCUGGCGGCAGAGCCCGAGCGCCCCGGCGCCUCGGCGCAGCCCGCAGCCUCGCCGCCGCCGCCCCAGCAGCAGCCGCAGCCGGCCUCCGCCUCCUGCGAGCAGCCCUCGGUGGACACUGCUAUCAAAGUGGAGGGAGGCGCGGCCGCCGGCGACCAGAUCCUCCCCGAGGCCGAGGUGCGCCUGGGCCAGGCCGGCUUCAUGCAGCGCCAGUUCGGGGCAAUGCUCCAGCCCGGGGUCAACAAAUUCUCCCUGAGGAUGUUUGGCAGCCAGAAAGCCGUGGAGCGCGAGCAGGAGAGGGUGAAGUCGGCCGGAUUUUGGAUUAUCCACCCCUACAGCGACUUCAGAUUUUAUUGGGACCUGACCAUGCUGCUGCUGAUGGUUGGAAACCUAAUCAUCAUUCCCGUGGGCAUCACCUUCUUCAAGGAUGAGAACACCACACCCUGGAUCGUCUUCAAUGUGGUGUCGGACACGUUCUUCCUCAUCGACUUGGUCCUCAACUUCCGCACAGGGAUCGUGGUGGAGGACAACACAGAGAUCAUCCUGGAUCCGCAGCGGAUUAAGAUGAAGUACCUCAAAAGCUGGUUCGUGGUAGAUUUCAUCUCGUCCAUCCCUGUGGACUACAUUUUCCUCAUCGUGGAGACACGCAUUGACUCAGAGGUCUAUAAGACUGCCCGGGCCUUGCGCAUUGUCCGCUUCACCAAGAUCCUCAGCCUCCUGCGCCUCUUGCGUCUCUCCCGCCUUAUUCGAUAUAUUCAUCAGUGGGAAGAGAUCUUCCACAUGACCUACGACCUGGCCAGCGCCGUGGUGCGCAUAGUAAAUCUCAUCGGCAUGAUGCUCCUGCUCUGCCACUGGGACGGCUGCCUGCAGUUCCUGGUGCCCAUGCUGCAGGACUUCCCCGAUGACUGCUGGGUGUCCAUCAACAACAUGGUGAACAACUCCUGGGGAAAGCAGUAUUCCUAUGCCCUCUUCAAGGCCAUGAGCCACAUGCUGUGCAUUGGGUACGGACGGCAGGCACCUGUAGGCAUGUCGGACGUCUGGCUCACCAUGCUCAGCAUGAUUGUGGGCGCCACCUGCUACGCCAUGUUCAUCGGCCAUGCUACCGCCCUCAUCCAGUCCCUGGACUCCUCCCGGCGCCAGUACCAGGAAAAGUACAAGCAGGUGGAGCAGUACAUGUCCUUCCACAAGCUCCCGCCCGACACCCGACAGCGCAUCCAUGACUACUAUGAGCACCGCUACCAGGGCAAGAUGUUCGAUGAGGAGAGCAUCCUGGGCGAGCUGAGCGAGCCACUGAGGGAGGAGAUCAUCAACUUUAACUGCCGGAAGCUGGUGGCCUCCAUGCCGCUGUUUGCCAAUGCGGAUCCUAACUUUGUGACAUCCAUGCUGACCAAGCUGCGCUUCGAGGUGUUUCAGCCAGGGGACUACAUCAUCCGAGAAGGCACCAUCGGCAAGAAGAUGUACUUCAUCCAGCACGGUGUGGUCAGUGUGCUCACCAAGGGCAACAAGGAGACCAAGCUGGCAGAUGGCUCCUACUUUGGAGAGAUCUGCCUGCUGACCCGGGGCCGGCGCACGGCCAGCGUGAGGGCUGACACCUACUGUCGCCUCUACUCACUGAGCGUGGACAACUUCAACGAGGUGCUGGAGGAGUACCCCAUGAUGCGGCGGGCCUUCGAGACGGUGGCCCUGGACCGCCUGGACCGCAUUGGCAAGAAGAACUCCAUCCUCCUCCACAAAGUCCAGCACGACCUCAACUCGGGCGUCUUCAACUACCAGGAGAACGAGAUCAUCCAGCAGAUCGUGCAGCACGACCGCGAGAUGGCCCACUGUGCCCACCGCGUCCAGGCCGCCGCCUCCGCCACCCCGACCCCCACGCCGGUCAUCUGGACCCCGCUGAUCCAGGCGCCGCUGCAGGCCGCCGCGGCCACCACCUCGGUGGCCAUCGCGCUCACCCACCACCCCCGCCUGCCCGCUGCCAUCUUCCGCCCUCCUCCCGGCCCCGGGCUAGGCAGCCUCGGGGCGGGACAGACGCCCAGGCACCUGAAGCGGCUGCAGUCCCUGAUCCCGUCGGCGCUGGGCUCCGCCUCGCCCGCCAGCAGCCCGUCGCAGGUGGACACGCCGUCCUCCUCCUCCUUCCACAUCCAGCAGCUGGCCGGAUUCUCCGCGCCCGCGGGCCUGAGCCCCCUGCUGCCCUCGUCCAGCUCUUCCCCGCCCCCCGGGCUCGGCGGCUCCUCCCCGGCUCCCACGCCGUCCGCCACCGCCGCCGCCGCCGCCACCGCCGCCGCCGGCUUCAGCCACUUCCAUAAGGCGCUGGGCGGCUCCCUGUCCUCGUCCGACUCUCCGCUGCUCACCCCGCUGCAGCCCGGCGCCCGCUCGCCGCAGGCCAACCAGCCGCCGCCGCCGCUGCCGGGGGCCCGGGGGGGCCUGGGACUCCUGGAGCAUUUCCUGCCGCCCCCGCCCUCAUCCCGGUCCCCGUCGUCCAGCCCCGGGCAGCUGGGCCAGCCUCCCGGGGAGCUGUCCCCAGGUCUGGCCGCCGGCCCACCAAGUACGCCAGAGACGCCCCCGCGGCAACCGGAGCGCCUGUCCUUCGUGGCCGGGGCCUCUGGGGGGGCUUCUCCCGUAGCCUUUACACCCCGCGGAGGUCUCAGCCCCCCUGGCCACAGCCCAGGCCCCCCGAGAACUUUCCCAAGUGCCCCCCCUCGGGCCUCUGGCUCCCACGGUUCCUUGCUCCUGCCGCCCGCAUCCAGCCCCCCGGCCCCCCAGGUCCCCCAGCGCCGGGGCACGCCACCCCUCACCCCAGGCCGCCUCACCCAGGACCUCAAGCUCAUCUCAGCCUCUCAGCCGGCCCUGCCCCAGGACGGGGCGCAGACUCUCCGCAGAGCCUCUCCGCACUCCUCGGGGGAGUCCGUGGCUGCCUUCCCGCUGGUCCCCAGAGCUGGAGGCGCCAGCGGGGGCAGCGGGGGCCUCGGUCCCCCGGGGAGGCCCUAUGGUGCCGUCCCCGGCCAGCAUGUCACUCUGCCUCGGAAGACAUCCUCAGGUUCUUUGCCACCCCCUCUUUCUUUGUUUGGGGCAAGAGCCGCCUCUUCUGGGGGCCCCCCUCUGACUGCUGCCCCCCAGAGGGAACCUGGGGCCAGGUCUGAGCCGGUGCGCUCCAAACUGCCGUCCAAUCUAUGAGCUGGGGCCCCUCCCUCCCUCUUCUCUCCCUUUUUCUCCCUUCUUUCUUCCUUCAGGUUUAACUGUGAUUAGGAGAUAUACCAAUAACAAUAAUUAUCAUUUAAAAAAAAAAAACCCACACCAGAAAAAAGACAGCAGAAAAUAACCAGGUAUUCUUAGAGCUAUAGAUUUUUGGUCACUUGCUUUUAUAGACUAUUUUAAUACACAGCACUAGAGGGAGGGAGGGGGGAGGGAAGCAGGCAGGGCCCAAAAGGCAAAAGCCAGAAGAAGGCAGGUGGGGUCUCUGGGGCUUGGCGGGGUGGGGGUGACCCAUGUUUGGGGUUCUUAGAGCAGAUCUGUUUAUUGUAUUUGUUUUAGGGCAACAGGCACCACUAGCCCCCUAGCUGUGAACUUGGAGCCCCAUUCUAUGGGGGUAGGAAAGUGUUGCCCUUGGAUGUGUUUCUGGGGAGCCUCAGUCGCCUGAGUCCUUGAGACAAAAAUGGGGCCAGGGCCCUGAGGGUCUUGCGUUUUUUCUACUGCAAACUUAGCAAGAUAUGUAUAUGAACAUGUAUAUGUAUAUGUAUAUGUAUGUAAGAUGUGUAUAUGUAUAGUUAUGUAGCGCUCUGUAGAGCCAUGUAGAUAGCCACUCACAUGUGUGCACAUUUUAACCCCAUGUUGCCAGGACACCCAGGUCACUUUACAUCCAGCAACACGCCUUGGCCCUCGGGCUGGACACCACAGGGUCUCGGGGAAGUGUUCUUUGCAGUCCUCAGGGAAGAGGACCCCAGGACCUCUCAGCAGGCUCCCUUUCUCCCCAUCUCUGGUCUCAAAUCCAGUCUCAGCCCAACCUCUCACCACAUGGAGGCAGAAGACUGCUCCUUCCCUGUGGGGCCUCAAGCACAUCCUGUCACCUCCGUGGCCCUCAAUUUUCCCAUCUGUACAGUGGGAGGUGAGGGGGACUUCUACUUAUUGAGUCUGCUCUGUGCCAAGCACUGGUUUAGCACUUUACACACGUUAACUCCCUCAAUUUCACAAAGACGAUGAGGUAGGUACUUUGAUUCUCCCCAUUUCACAGUGAAGAAACUGAGUUUGGCUGUAUUUUUCCCAGAAUCCUGUAACUAGGAGUGGCAGAGCCAGGACUGAUCUGAGGUUUAAAUCCACGCCUGCCUGUGGCCAUAUCCUAUGUCCCUUCCAUAAGCAAUUGUUGAGCGGGGCUAAGUGAGUCUUCAAUUGUAGUGCUGUGGGAAGAGACCAGAUUUUGGAAGGAAUCAGACCUGGGUUCGAAUCCCAGCCCUGCCAUUUAGCUAUAUCACCUUGGGCAAAUUAUCUGACCUGAGUCUGUUACCUCACUUGUAAAAUGGGAAUAAUCAUGGUACUGCUUCACAAGGACCUAUGAGGACCAGAUGAGAAAAGUAGAUGUGAAAUGCUCAGCCCAGAGCCUGGCACACACCAUAGUAGGUGCUCAAUAAAUGUUUCCUCUGAUCCCUCAUGUGCCCAGCCAUUGCUCCAACAAGCUAUGGUAAGAGCUCAGAGAACUUCAGCUGAGGGCUCCAGGAUCUUAUGAUCUCAGGACACAGGAGGUGCCUGGGCCUCCUGAAGGGCCUCCUGUGGCCGGUGGUGGGCUUGAGCCAGGCCUUGAGAGGUGGAAGUGUCAGAGGGAAGAAAGGAAGAAGGAAGGAAAGGGAAGAGAAGGGGAGUGUCAAGAAGAGGAGAGUAGGGGUGGGAUGGAGCGCCCAGUGAGGACGAGACUGAGGUGGAUGAACAGUUGUAGAGUCAGGGGCUUUGGGUGGAGAUCCAGGGAGGGCCCUGGAUGAGAGGCUAAGGGGAUUGGCUCAAUUCUGAAGGCACCUGGGAGCCAGAAGCAGGUUCAGAGUGAGGGGCCAACGUGAAAGUUGCUCGGGUGCCUCCUGAAGCAUGCUCCUCCUCCCGGACAACAGAGCCAAGAUUAAUGGUCCGCUUCUAUCAGGCAAGAGCAGAUAUGGCUGCCAGGACCUGCACAGUGAGGAGGGUUGGUCUCGCCUUGUCCAUCCAGGAACCCCCUCCAUGCUCCAACCAGAAUGAUGUCACCAUCAGGUUUUGUCCUGAGUCGUCCUGGGAUGUAGGGCAGGCCAAUUUCUCCAUGGUUGGGCCACAGGGACAGGGAGGCAGUCAUCCAGGAGAGAAGGUGGGGAAGGAUCCUGGGGGGAGACUAAGCACCUGGCCCUGGUCUCUAGUGGGGCAGGAGAAUACCCCUCAGGCCCAGGGAGUUCUCAGAACUGGAAGGAUUUAAGUGGCAGCCUCAACGUGAGUUCUGCACACACCCCUGUCCCGCCCUCCCCCCAAGGAAGGGAACAGGACUCGAUCCAAAACCAGUCUAGUCCUGGAGGUGAUGGGGUGGGGGGAGGGCCAUGAGGAGUGAGGACCACCCCCCUUGCCAUCAGGGCCUGGCCUCACUACCCUCUUCACACACACACACACACACACACACACACACACACAAUUUUAUAAAAGCUCUGACCCCGUCCAGCCACUCCUCAGAGACUGGGAAAGCCAGGUCCAGUCAGCAGGCCCACUCAUCCCCAAUCCCCCACAAGCAAUUUUCAAAUCUACCACUUUUAAAACAGAAAACGGUAAAUGCACCGUGUUGUAUAUUUUAUUUAAAUAAAAAAAUUCCAGCA